AUGCCAAUCAAGCUUCCCAAGGGCUUCGCCCGGCGAAAGUCGUCUAGCAACGCUCUAGAGGAAGUGCAGAACCCUCCUCAGUCAUCAUUCCGAGUUUUUGAGCGACCGUCUGGCGACAAAAAGUCAUUCAGUGAUGGCAAUCUAGUGUCAAAGAGGUUAAGCGAAGGGCAGCCUUUGUACUCACCCCCAGAGGAUGACAAUAACAUCUUUGCUUCGCAUAAUUCUCAGCCUGCGAGGAAUCUUACAUUCGAAGGUACAUCAUCUGCGCGAGCUCGCCCGUCAACACGUUCAACGGACGGGCUUCAACCCGAGCCCCAAUCUCCUCACACACGGAACCUCUACGAUAUACCAAUCCCUCCUCUGUCGGGUGCGAUUCGUGCAGCUGGUCGCACCUUUUCAUUUGGUGGGAGGUUCUCAAAGGCUUCUGCGCCGACCCCCCCACCUCAGCCGUCGACACCUGGCCCCUCAAGAAGCAGAGGGAUGACAACCAGCACGUCGAGCACUACAACUCCACCCAGACUCCCUGAUACAGAACUACAGGUUGGUAAAAUCGAAGACGACUUCCAAAACAUGUUCGGUGACAUUGGAAAACGCUAUAAUGUGCCGAAGGACACUUCUCGAGAUCGGGCAGAUUCUUCCGGAGCGCCCAACAGACCAGAUGCCUUGCUCCAGAAGGAUGAAAGGGUCUCUCGUCCAGCACCUAUUGAUACUGACCGAUCAAAGGAAGUUGAGCCAUCACCAUAUUCCUGGGAUAGUCGGCAUUCCGAGGAUGGACUGUUGACCACGCUUGAUUCACCCAGCGAACAACUGGCAACUGGGUUACAACAACGCGAUUUCGAUGUAGUCUCCGCUGGGGACCGGCGCAAGUCUACAACUCUGUCCAGUGUCGCACCUCUGGCCACCACUUCUCAUCGUUCUUUAGAAAAGCCUAGGACGACAGUGGAUAAGGGUCUGAGGAGAAGUGGAAUAUAUUCUAAUCCGCGGGACUCUGUUCCUGUUGAAGAUGAAGAUGCGAAAUUAAUAAUGGAGUCUCUCUAUACAAGCAAGAGAGGCUCACAGGUACCAUUCAUGUCUGAUCACGAGUCAGACGCUGAAAAUGAUGCCUCUCUUUUUAGCCAUGGGGUUGCCAGCACGAUUGGUCCUGAUCGGCGGGAAUCUAUGCCGAAAGAUUCGUUAAGCUCCCCGGGGCUGUCAGAGCAUCAUCUUGAUCCUUCAAUUGCCAUCCAUGCUCGUUUGGCAGCACAGUAUGAGAAGGCUCAGCCGGUAUCAACCUCCUCGAAUAAGAUUAUGACUCCCUCCCAAUUCGAACAUUAUCGUCAGCAGCAAGAGCUCAGACGAUCGAACAGCGACGCCUCAAAGAGUGAAAAUUCAGCCGGAAGCGACUACGAUGAGGAUGAUGAAGUAGAAAAAGAUCGCGAAGCGGAGAGACUGCGGCGCAAGCAAGAGGCCCACCUAUCGGUUUAUCGCCAGCAAAUGAUGAAGGUGACAGGCCAGGAGUCUCCCGCGCCGGCUCUGAGACCGGAACUGGAUCGAGCCAGUAAGAGCGCACCAAAUCUAUUACAGCCCGGUAAUAUCUCAGGGAGUGGAAGAAGCAGUGACGGCGACGAGGACGAGGAGAUACCUUUGGGGAUCUUAGCGGCUCACGGUUUCCCCAACAGGAACCGGCCCCCAAGCCGCCUGACGCCCUCCAGCUCUAUCCCAAAUCUUCGGGCUUCUUUCCAGCAGCCGUACCUGUCGUCUCCUGGAUCCGUUGCAGAUCGUGAUCCCAACAAUCGGGGGAGUCUACCUGUCUUUGCGCGGAACUUACCGCGUGACCCUUACUUCGGGGCCAGCUUGGUCAACCCGUCUAACAGAGAGGGGGGGUCGGUCCAUGGUGCGCCGUCACCCGCGCUGCCCCCUGGAGGUUUAGUAGGCGUUAUCGCUACAGAAGAGCGGGCAAGGGCAAUGAGGAGAGGAAGCCCCAAUACGCAAGCUAUGUACGAUUACCAGGCUGGAAUGUCGGUACCACCUGUUCAUCCUGGCGGCGUUCCAAGACCCUACACGAUGAUGAAUUUGAGCUCGGCCAAUAUGACCGGUAACUCGCCUGCGGUCUCGGCAACCGAACAGGCACAAAUCGAGCUGUCCCAACAAAUGACGCAAAUGGUACAGAUGCAGAUGCAAUGGAUGCAGCAGAUGAUCCACAUGCAGGGCGGACAGAAUACCCAACUGAUGCCGCCUGGAGGCCCCCCGCCCACACUGGGUGCCAGCAUGAACGUGCGGCCAUCUUCAAUGCCGUCUGCUGGCAAUAUGAAUAACGCAACUACUGGGUACCAGGGUGAUCAGAGGACGCUGAGCAUGCUUGAUCCCAACGUCUCUUCCCGCCUCAAUAGCGCACCUAUUCCAUAUGUCUCUGGGGGCCUCAGGCCAGGCACGCCGGCAGGGCAAGGCUAUGCCCCAUCCAUUGCUCCAUCAGAACGCAGCAACGUUGGCCUGGCGCCUCGUUAUAGGCCCGUUUCUACGCUACAACCUGACUUAGGGAUCGCCAGUUCCCCUUCCAUGUCGAAGCCUUGGAAUGAUGAAAACCGGAAAUCUUCCUUCUCGGCCACUGCUCCCGCUGGGUCACACAUGUCUCGAAUGACCGUUCGCCCAACAACAAGUGAUAGCAAAACAAUAAACCUUAGCAAGCCGAACAUUGGUACCGAACUGGAUGACGAGGAUGAUGAUGAAGGCUGGGCCGAAAUGAUGAAGAAACGAGAAAACAAACGCAACAACUGGAGAAUGAAGAAAGAAACAUCGAGCUUCGGAGACCUGCUAAAUGCUGUGCAUUGACAAAGGUGGUCAAUGAUAUAAAAUCCCUCUCAGCGGGGGAUAUCGUGUCCCACGCUACUUUUGUUCGUGCUGUUUUGCUCGGCUGUGCUUUUUCCAUAUCGAAACCCAGUACUUCUCCGAUGGACUUUUAAGGAGCUAUAUCUCAUGUGUGCAUGUGUGAGCAGUCUUUCCCCCCAACAUUUCCCCUUAUUGUUGACAUUUUCCUUUCGUGCGCGUCCUCAUAACUUCUUGGACAUGACCUGAUAUUUCUUGACGUUUAUAUGAGGGUCUUUCCCUCCGGCUUCCUUAUUC